UCCUCUUACUGGCUCUAACUGACAGUAUUUUACCAACAGACUCUGUACUUGAGGACUCUUUACUGGAGGAAACUUUUUAGACAGAAAAAAGCAAAUGGCUGAUAGCAACAGCAGUGCUACAGAACUGAUAGCAAGGAUUGGAAUGCCUAGGAUGGAUGGACUUGCCUUAGUAGUGGCAGCUGAACUCUCCAUAAUUGUGCUGAUUCUCAUCUUUUUCUUUAUCUGGCAUUUUGUCAUGCAAAGGAAGAUAGUUUAUGAUUCAGAGGAGGAGAUCUAUCAGUACACUGCAAAAGAUCUCCCGGCUGAACAUGACCCACCAUACCACGGGGGAGGAGAUGACAAGAGAUUUUACAUGAAUAAUAUGAAGCAAAAGCAGGAAUUAGAAUGGAAAGCACAGGAUUCUUGUCAGAAUAAAAUAGCCAAGUAUGACAUUUUAGAAGAGGUGGAGAGCAAGAACAAUAAAGAACACCACAAAGGCAAAAAAGAUGAAAAAGCCCAGGACAAAAGUCAAAUGGUCCUGAAUCAAUCAGCUGAGGGGGACACGGAAAAAAAAGAUAAGAAAGCAUGUGGUGCAUGCUGCAAGAUGAGAUGCAAAAUCACAAUACCUGAAUUCCUGAAAAACAAGUUAAAAAAGGAAACUAAAGACUUAAGUAUGUAAGGAGGGCAGAGGAAAACACUGAAAAAGAAGAGAAGAAAAAAUAUAACAUUAGAGAUAUUAAACAGCUGCAAACUAAUGAACUCAUUAAAAAUCACAAAAACUUGCUUUA